ACUUGAGAAGCCACGCCCCGCGAGGCGCCUGACGCUGAAUCGCAGCCCCUUGUCAUUUCCAGCCCCGCAGAUCUCCAUUUUCUUCUUUCCCGAUAUUCAGGUUCAGAAGAGUAAAGAUUUGGAAAAAUGAAUGAAGAAUACGACGUUAUCGUUCUGGGCACCGGGCUGACGGAAUGCAUUUUAUCAGGCAUCAUGUCAGUGAAGGGGAAGAAGGUUCUGCACAUGGACCGCAACGCCUACUACGGAGCUGAGAGUGCCUCCAUCACACCUCUUGAAGAUCUCUACAAGCGCUUCAACCUUCCUGGCAAACCCCCUGAGUCAAUGGGAAAAGGCCGGGAUUGGAACGUGGACCUCAUCCCUAAAUUCCUCAUGGCCAACGGCCAGCUGGUCCGCAUGCUGCUGAUCACAGAAGUCACUCGCUACCUGGAUUUCAAAGUGGUUGAGGGCAGCUUUGUGUACAAGGGGGGCAAAAUCUAUAAAGUCCCCUCCACGGAGACUGAGGCUCUGGCAUCUAGUUUGAUGGGCUUGUUUGAGAAACGGCGCUUCAAAAAGUUCCUGAGCUUCAUCGCCAACUUUGACGAGAAAGACCCCAAAACCAUGGAAGACGUCGACCCCAACAAGACGACUAUGAGGGACGUUUUCAAAAAGUUUAGCUUGGGCCAGGACGUCUUGGACUUCACUGGCCACUCUCUCGCCCUCUACCGCACAGACGAUUACCUGGAUCAACCUUGCAUUGAAACAAUAAACAGGAUAAAGCUUUACAGCGAGUCUCUGGCCAGAUAUGGCAAAAGCCCAUACCUCUAUCCACUGUACGGCUUGGGAGAGCUGCCUCAAGGGUUUGCCAGGCUGAGUGCCAUCUAUGGUGGGACGUAUAUGUUGAACAAACCCAUAGAGGAGAUUGUGAUAGAGAAAGGGAAGGUGGUGGGAGUCAAGUCUGAAGGAGAGAUUGCCAGGUGCAAGCAGCUGAUCUGCGAUCCCAGCUAUGCAAUGGAUCGCUCCACCAAAGUGGGCCAGGUGAUCAGAGCCAUCUGCGUCUUGAGUCACCCCAUCGCCAACACUGGUGAUGUCAACUCUUGCCAGAUCAUCAUACCCCAGAAUCAGGUCAACAGGAAGCACGACAUCUACGUUUGUAUGAUCUCCUUUGCUCACAACGUGGCAGCGCAGGGUAAAUAUAUCGCCAUCGCCAGCACCACGGUGGAGACAAGCGACCCUGAAAAGGAGAUCAAGCCCGCCCUGGACCUCCUGGAGCCCAUCGAGCAGAAGUUUGUCAGCAUCAGUGACCAGUAUGCACCCACUGACAUGGGCACUGACAGCCAGAUUUUCAUCUCUCGUUCAUAUGACGCCACAACUCACUUCGAGACCACCUGUGAUGACAUCAAGGACAUCUACCGGAGGAUGACGGGCUCAGACUUUGACUUUGCCGAGAUGGAGCGCAAGAAGCAGGACAUCUUCGGCGACGCCGCAGAGUAGAAGCAACACCCGCCACAACACUCCUGAUUAUCAAAGACAACGCUGCCGAUAACUGAAAUCUUAAAAUAGAAAACCUACACAAAAACGUACACACCAGUGGGCCAGCUGAUUAUCCAGGUAUCCGGUUUGCCCAUAGAGGAAGAUCACCAUAUAUAGAGAGAUAUGAUAUAGUAUUGUUGGAUAGGGUUCAGGGAGGGAGCUGUGCUUUUACAGAAUGCAUACAGAUGGUUGUUGCACUAAACAAUGGUUAUGCCUAAAAUACAGAACCCUACAUUCUUCUGCUGCAUCAUGUAAACAUGAUGCAUAGUCCAAAGAUGCCAAAUGAUAAGUCAUAAUCAGCAGUAUCUUACAGAGUGGUGUGCAUCGAGGGUGGGGGUGUCCAGUCUUUGUGUUGUUGUAUAAAAGGUGUUAUUGCAGAUAUAUAAUAUUUCUACAUCAGCUAUUUGGUCUCUGCAGGUAUUUUUUUUCAUGUCAGCGUGAGUGAGCGGUGGCUUGGCUCGGUUCGUCAUGUGAGUAGCUGAAUGUUACUCAAGGAUGAUCAGACCCAACAACAGCACAUACAAGUGGCCACUCAGCUGUCAGAUUAUAUUGUCAUUUAUUAUUUUGUGAAAUUAAAGUGGUAAAAGUGGUGCGUGGGUUUGAUUUUUUUUUUUUUUUUAAACCCCUUUUUUUGUCUAAUCUCCAGCACAGCCAGACAUACUGUAAGCCAAGCCACAUGGGUGACUGUAGUCCAGCAUAAACCACCUGAACCUGUUUUCAACAGCUUGAUUUACUAUAAUGCAUCAGAGGAGAUAUAUUAGUUCCUGUAUUAUGCAAAGUGAUGGCUGAUCCGAGCAUUAACAGCAGAUUAAUGGGAGGUGUGGUUGACUGUAAUUGCUUAAGAAGGACCAAAUGUGUACUGCAGCAGUAUUGAAUUGACGAGAGCCCCGUUAUAUCCUCCGUUGUGAGCAACUUAAAAAAAAAAACAAACAAACAAUAAAAACAACCCACCUUGGGCUCAAAUGAUUUCUGUACUGCAAAGUAAAAACAUCUUUGUCAAAAACCAAA